UGUGUCAGAUGAGGGAGCGGUCGCGUGAGCGUGGAGGAGGGCGUGACGCGUCUGACGCGUAUGACGUGGCCAGCAGUAUCAGCCGAACUCUCGUCUACAUUUCAAUAGAUCCGUUUCGCUCUCGGCGCUUCCAAAAUAACAUUGUUUGUCAGAAAUGGAGGUAAACACCUGCAACAUCCAAGUGCUUCUGCAGGCAGCUGAAUAUCUGGAGCGGAGGGAAAGAGAGGCUGAGCACGGUUAUGCCUCAGUUCUUCCGUUCUACAGUAAAGGGGUUUCAGAUAAGAGAAAAAAGCAGAAAUCAAAGAGUCCUUCACCCGGGAACAGCAGGUCUGUUCACAAUGAGUUGGAGAAACACAGGAGAGCUCAGUUGAGACACUGUUUGGAUCAGCUGAAGCAGCAGGUUCCUCUGUCGUCUGAUUCAUCGAGGAACACAACCCUCAACCUGCUCAGACAAGCACAGAUGCACAUCAAGAAGCUGCAGGAACAGGACGAGCGCGCGGAGCUGCUGAAGGAUCGUCUGCGCUGGGAGCAGGAGCAGCUGCGCACACGGCUGGAGAAACUGCAGGGCGGUUCGGAGAGGAUGCGUAACGACAGCCUCGGCUCAGCCGUGUCCUCCGAGAGAUCCGAUUCAGAGAGAGAGGACGUUGAGAUUGACGUGGAGAGUAUGGUGUGGACGCUGGAGUCCGACGGUCUGGGCUCGUCUCACGCUGGCAUGGACCACAGCUACUCGACCUCUGACCACACCUGGUUAUGACCGGCCCUCAGCUGGUGUUCAGAGGACGAGGGACUCCAAACCAACAUGUUCGAUGGACUUCACCAUCACCACCACGGAACAGCCUUAUGUUUCUGACAUUCUGAACCAUCAAACUUCAUCUAAGCAUGACUGGAAUUGAUUUUGUGUAGUGUACUCUUUACACUCGUGGCAUUAUGGUGCUCUAGUAUGCUAUACACUCACGAGAUUCAAGUGCAACGAGUUUGGUGAUGCUUUAUUUCCACAGAAUGAUUUAUUUUUACUUUUUUCCGGACUAGUUAUGAUCAUAUUGUAGAUGCUAGUUGUGUUCACUUUAGGGUCGGCCUGCAGUACACAUUGGCUUGCACUUAAAUCUUUUAAUACCCGGCUUAUUUAAUUCUGAGUUUUGAUACGUUGCACAAAGCAUACGCAUGAGCACUUGCGAUGUCUCUUUAGAUGUGUGUUGUUCUUUUCAGGUUUGAUAAUGUGUGAAAUUGCAGAUUAUGUCAAUGCAUUUUUAUCAAACAUUUGAUACAGGUAUUUUUAAAUGGGGAGGCUAAUUUAAAGGUUAUGCUGCAAUUCAGAAGGAAAGAAUGCUUUCCUUUGCAUUUGGGGUUUUUGAGUUUGUUAUUGGGUGAAGGUACAGUUGAGUUUAAAAUGAUCUGGUAUCUGUAUCAUCUUGACGAUUCACUUUUAGUUCAUGUUUUUUGCUUUAGUCCUGUGCUUCGGUUCACUCCGCUGAAUUGAAGUUGGUGCUAUUCGAACACCCAACAACAAGCUAUUAUGUUGAAGCCUAAAAAACAGAAAACAGUGAAGUGUUUUUUUUAAUUUGUACAGUGGAUUUUCAGCAGUUUAAUCCCCCUCAGAUGUGUUAGUCUGCUCAUGUUUUUAGUUCACACCUUUAAACUGCAAUUCAUUAUGUUGGUAGUAUUGACAAAAUACAUGGGCUGUAUUUGCGAACUGUUCAGUAUAUGCUCAUAUCAGUCAUUUAUGCAAACUAUUAUGAACAUGCCUUUGUUUUUAGAUGUUUGUACAGUAAUUGUUUUGAUGUACACAACGGGAUGUACAUUGUAUAUACAGUUCUGAACACCAAAAGCCUUAUGAACUAUUCGUAUGUCAUUGGACCAGGAACACCUUUGUAUUUAUGUCUCUCCUUGUACUCAUAUGUAGCAUUUUAUUCUUUUUUACAGACAUAAGCAUUUUGUACAAAUAAAUAUUUUAUGUAUUUAA